AUGCGCGCGCCAUUUCGGCACGUGUGCCUCGAUUCUCCUCUAGUCUCUCGCUCUCUCUGAGAAAUCUGCAUUUCUCCCUUCCAUUCGCCGGAGAAGAAAGGCAGCCAUGAGCUCGAGCCCCGGGUCCCACUCCCUAGCAUUCCGUGUGAUGCGCCUCUGUCGUCCAUCAUUCCACGUGGACGCCCCCCUCCGCCUCGAUCCCCUCGAUCUCAUCACCGCCGAAGACCUCUUCCACUCCAACGACCACCACCAUCCUCUCACCCACAACGAAGCAGACUCUGCCGAUCCUAGCUACCGCGACCGCUUCGUCCUCCGCAAUCCCAACGAUGCCAUGGGCCUUCCUGGCCUCCUCGUUCUCCCCCAAGCCUUCGGGGCCAUAUACCUGGGGGAGACCUUCUGCAGCUAUAUCAGCAUCAACAACAGCUCGAAUUCCGAAGCACGAGAUGUCGUCAUCAAGGCAGAAAUUCAAACUGAGAGGCAGCGAAUCCUGCUUCUAGAUACUUCGAAAUCGCCUGUCGAAACAAUCAGGUCAGGGGGGCGAUAUGAUUUUAUAGUCGAACAUGAUGUGAAGGAACUGGGUGCUCACACACUGGUUUGCACUGCCCUGUACAAUGAUGGAGAUGGUGAGCGUAAAUAUCUUCCGCAAUUUUUCAAGUUUGUUGUUGCAAAUCCUCUUUCAGUUAGAACGAAGGUGCGCUCCAUCAAGGAAAAUACAUAUUUGGAGGCUUGCAUUGAAAACCAUACAAAGUCAAACCUUUACAUGGAUCAAGUCGAGUUUGAACCCUUGCAACCUUGGAGCGCAACAAUAUUAACAGCUGAUGAGCACCAUUCAGAAACUAAAAGAGAGAUAUUUAAGCCACCUGUUCUCAUCAAAGCUGGGGGAGGGAUUCAAAAUUAUCUUUAUCAGUUAAAGCUGUCAUCUAAUGAGUCUACACAAGUGAAAAGCAAUGCCCUCGGUAAGCUUCAGAUAACAUGGCGUACAAAUUUGGGUGAACCUGGUCGCUUGCAGACACAACAGAUUCUUGGCAGUCCCAUUACACAGAAAGAAAUCGAGUUGCGAGUUGUUGACAUUCCAGCUGUUAUCGUUUUAGAAAGACCAUUUUCGGUACGUUUAAAUCUCUCAAACCAGACGGACAGAAAAAUGGGUCAAUUAGAAGUUUAUUUAUCUCCAGGUGAUUCCUACGAGGAGAGAGCUGUUAUGGUUAAUGGUCUCCAAACAUUGGAGAAUCUGUUUGUGUUGGCCUCCCUGUGCACACCGGCUAGUCACCACACAGGUACAAAGUCUCCUCCAUCAAAUUGGCUACUGUCCUCAACCUCAUACUAGAUUUGGCCCAUUUAACAUCAUUGCUAGAGUCUCCUUCAGAUGUGAUUGGAAAGAAAUUAAACUCCACUGACCCGUUAACUGCUUAAAAGUAGAGUUAUGGCUUUAGCAUAAUUUGAGUCCUUUAUCCCAAUCAGGGAAUUCAGUCGGUGAAGCAUCCCUGAUCCCCAACCCUUGUUGGACUUGGAUUACCCAACAGACACCCAAUAAAAAAUUUAGCUUAGAAUGGCCAGUAGGAGGUGUAGUGGCACACUCUACUUGACUUUCUCCUUUUUCUUCUUCCCACCACAUAGGAUAUUCUCAGACUAAUUGAGAACAACAACUGUCUAGGAAUCCCUCUCAACCUGGAGUUGGCCAUUCCCCAUUCAGAAGUAAGCUUAAACUACUCAUGAUCGCACUCGCUGAAGAGGACUUGCUAUUGAAGAUCCCUCAUUUAUUUGAAGCCAAAGGGACCAAAGUGUUGCCUACAUUCAGUGUUUGAAAUAUCAGUAUUGCAUUACAUAUCACACUCUUGGGAUGGGGAUGCGUAUCAGUUAUCGCAUGGCAUAUAUCGGUUGUAUCGCCUAAUGUAUCGUUGUUGUUGGAAACAUGGGGAAACAUUGGGAAAUUGGUUGAAUUUUUCAAUAAAACUUCAGUGAUUGUUAAAAAAGACAUCAAUACACAGUUAUAAAUCAAAACAUUACAAAAAACAAGUGCAUAUGAUAGGUUUUCUUUGUAUGGGGUCCUAAUCUAUGUGUUAUCUAACUGAAUUAAUGCAAGUAUAUUCAAAGUCUAUCAAUAUAAUUUAUAAACAUAAGAAGACGUAUGGAAACACAAACAAUACAUUCAAAAGCAAAAGAAGAAUCACUAGAUCAGGUUACAGACAUGUUUGAUUUUAUGUUUGGACAUAGAUUGCAACUGAUUAACGAGAAAUUGAAAAUUUUUUAUUUUUUCAAUUUUCCGCAACUUGGCCAAUCUCCAAAUCUCGAAAUCAAAGCUCCCAAUCCAUGAUUUUUCAUGCAAAGAUUUGUAACAAUAUGCCACUGAUUUAACAUGAUUUACGGG